AAAUCAAAAGCAACAACUAUAUCUUAUACUGAAGAACGACAAGAAAUUGAAAACAGUUUAUUAUACAAAGAAUUCAAUAAACCAAAAAAGAAUAAAGAUCUUGAAGAUUUUGAUAAAUAUUUAAUAUUAUAG